GAAGAAAGAGCGAAGAAAGAAAACCAAAGGAAAGAUUUACGUGUGCAAGGAAGAAAUAUAUAUUGCGUAGUGGCAAGACCAGUUAUAUUUUUAUUGUCGACUAACAGCAUAUUUCGCAAAGCUGUUACCGAACGGACGUAUGUGACAUCGAAGAAGUUCGAAUGAGAAAUCUUAGAAAAUGUUGAGUAAAAGUGACACUCGGUGAUCCAUGCUGAAAAAGAAUAUACAGCAAAGGGAAGAGAAUUUAGUGAAUUAUUCGGAUUAUCUUUCGGAAGGUCACGAGCAUUGUUAAUCGCUGCAUUGGUAGCUGUUUAAUUGAAAGUGGAAAGGGGAACCUUUAAGGAGCUCGAUCAUACAGGUCAACACAAACACACAAGAUACCAAGGAAAAAGGAGAACACGUACAACGAGAUAGUUCGAAGAGAUUGCACGUAUGCUACAAUAAUUGUUCCAAGAAUUCUACGAAUGGAGCACGGGUGCGUCCACGAGACGAAAUUUUGCGCACGAAUGGAGUACCGUUGUUAUUGUUGUGUAUAUUGAUUUUUAACGCGCGAGCUAUAAUUUCGACAUUUAUUCUGUAUUACGAAUAGAUGGUCCUUAUCGCUUCUUUUCCUUUGAGACUGUGAUUAAAAUGAACUCUUUUAACGUCUACAAUUACCUUUCUUUUCCUACCGUUAUACGAAAUUAUUAUUAUUUGCAACGCUAAUUUUUCUUAGAUUAAAAUAUGAGUAGUACAGUGGCAAUGGAAUCAGCUACAAUUGUGAACAAUAUGACAUCUGUGAUGUCUGAGAAGGAAACAGCUCCAAUAUUCUUACAGACACGAGCUGCCCAAGGUAUUGCUGGUGUAUUUGUUUGGCUUGCAUUAUUCUUAACUUGUCAACAGAUUUAUCAACAUUUAAGGUGGUAUACCAAUCCAGCGGAGCAAAGAUGGAUAGUCAGAAUUCUAUUUAUAGUUCCAAUUUAUGCAACUUAUUCUUGGGUCUCUCUAGUAUUUUUUAACAGCGAAAGUUAUUACGUUUACUUCUUCACUGUGAGAGACUGUUAUGAAGCAUUUGUUAUAUAUAACUUUUUGUCUCUAUGCUAUGAGUACCUGGGUGGUGAAGGAAACAUAAUGUCUGAAAUACGUGGCAAACCUAUUCGUUCCAAUUGCUUAUACGGAACUUGUUGCCUAGUUGGAAAAACAUAUACAAUCGGUUUUCUUAGAUUUUGCAAGCAAGCUACUUUGCAAUUUUGUCUAGUAAAACCAGUAAUGGCAUUUAUUAUUAUAUUCCUUCAAGCAUUUGGACAUUAUAGAGAUGGAGAUUGGUCCCUGAAUGGAGGCUAUAUUUAUGUGACCAUAAUUUAUAAUAUCAGUGUAUCUCUUGCCCUCUAUGGACUCUUUCUUUUCUAUUUUGCCACAAGAGACUUACUAACGCCAUUUGAACCUGUUUUGAAGUUUUGUACUAUUAAGAGCGUUAUUUUUCUCUCAUUUUGGCAAGGAGUGUUAUUGGCUAUUCUUGAAAAAGCAAACGUAAUUUCUCCAAUAAAUGUAGGCCAAACAACCAGUGCCGGGACAGUUUCUGCUGGUUAUCAAAACUUUUUAAUUUGUAUUGAAAUGUUAUUUGCUGCUAUAGCUUUGCGUUAUGCAUUUCCUUAUCAAGUAUAUUCAGCUGGUUGUGUUACUGAUUCAAGAGGGAGAAGUGUAACAAUGCAAAGCAUUAGUAGCAGUUUAAAGGAAACUAUGAAUCCAAAGGAUAUAAUGACUGAUGCCAUCCAUAAUUUUCACCCACAGUAUCAACAGUACACUCAAUACAGUUCUGACGUUAAUACCAACUUGCCGUAUGAAAAACUAUGAGAAUGCAUGGCAUCGAUUUUUAAUUUCAAGAAAUUGGACAUCAAACAUUUAUAUUAAUUUUAAACGGAAAAUGACAAAUUCUUAGUAUUGUAGUUUAUUAAAACCAUUAUUAUACACCUGAUAGUUUAAGUUCAAGUUAAAUUGCAGGGUGGGCAAAGUGUUCUCUGCUCAAAUUAUGAUUUAAGGUUUAGAGUAAAAUCAAUAUACAUACAUAAGCCUAUAAUUCGUUCAUUUUGCAAUUAACAAAAUCUACUAUAGGAUAGAAAUUAAGUACUUAACAUAGAAGCACUGAGGAUAAAGUGUAAUUUCAUAAAACCUUCUGCUUUCUAAUAAAUGCAAAAGACAAAUAAUAA